AUGCCAGCCAUGUACCAUAUGAUGCCCUUCAUGUACCCACCCAUGUACCCAGGCAUGCCGAAUGCACAGCCACCUCCACCCAUCGCCACUGCAGAGAAGGGCCGGGGUAAACAGAUGCCGGGAAAGAGCCAGAAAGACAAUAAGAAGCGUCGUGGGAAAGCCAAGAGCAGCAAAGAAGAAACUCCACCUCCGCAAGCAGACGUGGACCAAAACUGCAGUCCAGAACUCCUGCUGGUGCGCAAUGCUCAAGGAAAUGCGGUCAGAGCCAAGAUCACCCUGCAGGAGGCACUUCCAAAUUUGCUCGAGUUUGCCCAAGAUCAACACGGGAGCCGUUUCUUACAGAACAAGCUCGACGAAGCAAGCUCGGAAGAAAGACAACUGGUGUUUGAUGGAGUUUGUUCUGAAGAUGCUGAUCCUGAUGCUGUGUUGCUGGCUAAAGACGUGAGUGGCAACUUCGUGGUGCAGAAACUCUUCGACAUAGGCAAUCCGGACCAAAAGAAGAUCCUCGCAGAGAAGCUGCAGCCUGAAAUCGCGAGUCUGGCGAAAGAUAACUACGGUUGUCGAGUGGUGCAGAAGGCCAUUGGCGCCGUGUCCAAGGACCUGCAGGUGUUCUUGGCUUCCUCGCUGCAGGGUAACGUCGCAGAGUGCAUCAUCAACAUGCAUGGCAAUCAUGUGAUACAGAAAUGCAUCGAGCAGAUGCCGCCUGAUUCGGUCAGCUUCAUUAUUCAUGCGGUGGAAAACGACACUGCGAGCUUGGCCUCGCACAUUUAUGGGUGCCGAGUCAUCCAGCGCCUCCUGGAGCACUGUGGUGCAGCCCAGCUAACGGAAAUGCUGGAGAGAGUUCUCUUGAAUGCAGAGACACUGGCAAAGAACCAGUUUGGCAACUACGUGGUGCAGCACAUGCUGGAGCACGGGCGCCUGCAGGACAAGGAAGCCAUCAUCGACAUCGUCAGGAGAAACAUUGUGGAGUUUGCCAUGGACAAGCACUCCAGCAAUGUUGUCGAGAAAUGCUUUGAGAUUGCCACAAUUGGGGAGCAUGCAACACAGCUAGAAACAAAGCGAGCGCAGUUGAUCGACGCAGUGCUGGGUGCUGGGGACGCGACGAGUCCUCUCUGCGAGAUGAUGACUCACAGGUACGGAAACUAUGUCGUGCAGCGCAUGAUGGAACAUAGUCGUGGAACAGAGAGGGAACGCAUUUGGAGAACUUUAAAUGCGCUUCCCAUUGAUUAUCGGUCAAAUCAGCAUGGUAUGCACAUCAUGAAUGCCCUGCAGAAGGGAUUCAAGGAGUUCACGCCAGACCAAUCAAGUGGCAGCUAA